AAAGUGUAAAGAAAAAAGCGGGGGGAGAGAGGAGUGUAAAGAGAAAAGUGAGACAUAGUGUGUUGCCUGUUCCUGGGCCCAAAUAGUGGCCCAAUGGGAAGCAACAACACAACAAAGGGACUUGAUAGUUUGAUUGAUGAUGGUGAGUGUAACAGUGAUAAUAAAUUUGAGGUUGAGAGAGUGAAAGAGGAGAUGGGUGCGAUAACGAGCGCGGUGAUAGCAGUUGUAGGAGUUCUUCUAGGUUGGAUCACAAUAGAGAUCGCAUGUAAACCUUGUCUUGAAAAGGGUCGCGAAGCCAUCGAUCGAAGUCUCGAUCCAGAUUACGAUCCCGACGACACCGCCAUUCGCGCCCCACUCAACCCCACCGCCGCCUCCGCCACCGUCAAAGCCGUUUGAGAAAUUGAUGUCCCAUCUUCUCACGUUUCCGCCUGGUAUUCAAUUCGGUGUCUAAAUCAAAAGGCUAUUUUUUUUCUUUUUUUGAUGUUUGUGUAUUUGCGCGCUUUUGAUGGCGCUAUUAAAUGGCGAAUUUAGGAUAUAAAGUGUGUGGAGACUUGUUAUUAUGUGAAUGGAGAUUGUAAUUUAUCUCAAUUGUUGGCGCUCUUCAUGUUUUCAUCAUCAUAGUGAAUGUAUAAUUGCUUACAUUUGUUAAAAGGGAUUAUCUUAACAAGGAGAAUUAUAUUUAUAA